AUGACCAAGAAAGAUAAGAAGCCAAAGUUCACCACCGUCUUGACAAAAGAGGGUGAGAGCAUCAAGGUGUUUGAAGAUCUUGAAACUUUCGAGCUGUUCAUCAAAAACGAGACGGAGGACGAGGAUUUCGACCAUGUGCGGUGCCAUUUGAAGUACUACCCACCUUUUGUACUGCAUGAAUCUCACGAUGACCCAGAGAAAAUCAAAGAAACGGUAAAUUCCCAUAGCAAGAAGUUUGUGCGCCAUUUGCACCAGCAUGUGGAAAAACAUCUUCUCAAGGAUAUCAGCGAGAGACUUCAGUUACCUCUGCUGAAAUUCAAGGACAAGUCGAAAUUGGAGACUCCGGACCAUAACAUAGUCUGGAAGUACAACGAGCGAGCCGAAUACCAUAGCCGCGAAUUCGAUAUCCAUGUUACUGUGGAGUGUCAUCACGACAGUGCGCUGGUCGACGUAGAUUACUUGACCGAACCCGUGCGCGCUCCCGUGGCAGCAGCAUAG